AUGCCACAACCAUCUGGCAACUCUACUCUUUAGUAUCGCUUGAUUUCUAUUCUGACUGCAUUCUAGCGUUUCUCUGAUCCAUCCAUGCUGCUCGCAACCACUAGACCGCCUUCCUUCAUCAAGGUCUUUUCAGGACGUAGUCUUCGCUGCACAUCGUCGUCCAGCUCACGUUCGGUUGUCCCCCUCGCACACAACGCACUUAUACCUUCAAAUGGGAAUGCUACCAAACAACCAUUGAUUAUUCUCCAUGGACUUUUUGGUAUGAAGAGGAACUGGAACUCACUAUCAAAAGCCUUCUAUCAAAGCCUAGGCCGGCCUAUAUACACUCUUGACCUCCGGAACCAUGGGUCUUCGCCUCACGUUGAACCUAUGACGUACGCCGCCAUGGCGGCAGACGUGUUGGCUUUCUGCAGGAAACAUCAUUUGGAAGAGGCUUCUCUGUUGGGUCAUUCAAUGGGAGGGAAAGUAGCGAUGGCUCUCGCACUCAACCCAGAGCUUCCAUUAAAUCUACUCAAACAUCUCAUCGUUGUGGAUAUCGCACCCGCCAAAGCUGCCAUGUCUCCCGAAUUUCAGGGUUACGUUGAAGUCAUGAAGAGUAUCGAGCGCAGACACGUAACAUCCCGCCAAGCCGCUCAAAAGAUGCUGACAUCUUACGAGAGCGAUCCUGCGAUAAGAGCGUUCUUGUUGACCAACCUUGCUCCGCACCACGGUCAUGAGCCUGUCAGAUUCCACAUCCCUCUUGAUAUCAUAGGUAAAUCGAUACCAGCGAUCGGAGAUUUCCCUUAUGAGCCUGGUGAACGGACCUGGGAGGGACCUACGCUGUUCAUCAAGGGCUCGAAGAGCAGUUAUAUCAAUCAUCGAAAUAUACCAAUCGCAAAGCAAUUCUUCCCGAAUAUGGUUUUGGAAGAAUUAGAUACGCAUCACUGGGUGCACGCCGAAAAACCGAAUGAAUUCAAGAAAGUGGUUGUGGACUUCAUGACUUCACAUUGACAUUUAGAUUUCUAGACAUCUAAUAACGUAUCUUACAUAGUUCAUGUUCACCAAGUGAUAUAUGGCUGCAGUCUCUGCUGUGCAUGCAUCUUGGGUCCAAACCGGAAACGAAACUGAAACCCACAAAUCCCUGCGCAGGCUACCAGCCAGCGACGGAAGACCUCGUUUAUCUUCUCCCGGGGAUCCUAAGUCAGGGAAUUCGCUAGUCAGACCAGUAGCAGUAGAAAUACUUAGUUGAAAUACUAAGCCAUUCUGGACGUCCAUAUCAGCAGUGUCCGAAGGAGAGGAAGGACGCUCGUCAUGUUAGCUGUAAUAGGGACCUUCUCAGGGCUAUCGUUCGAUUCCACGGGUGGAGAAUAUUCUU